CAUCUUCAUGAAACUCAUCAAUUUCCACCAAAACUCAAUGGAAAUCCUUCAUCCUCCAAAAACAGUUUAUGUCCUCUUCAAUUUGUGCUGCUAUCUUUUGUUGUUCAACGGAAUCAACACCUCCGCUUACAGCGUACCUGAUCGCUACUUCAUCAACUGUGGCUCAAGUGGGAGCACAACCGUCUACGGGCGGAACUUCGUCGGCGACGUCAACCCCGAUUCUUUCACCUUGUCCGCAAGCCACAGCAAAGAAGACCAAUCAUCGGAUUCAGCAUCUUCUCCACUCUAUCAAACUGCAAGAAUUUUCAGACAAAAAUCUUCAUAUGAUCUUGACCUUGUCCAGAAUGGCAUUUACGUGGUACGUUUUCACUUCUAUGCUUUCACUUCUCCAGAUAAUCUUGCUACUGCCAGAUUCGACGUGUCAACUUCCAAGUUUUCACUCCUAUCCAACUUCAGCGUCCAAAAUAGUAGCACCAGUAAGUCACCUGUGAUUAAAGAGUUUUUGAUCCGUAUCGAUGUGGGGAACUUCCAAAUUUACUUCACGCCAUCCGCGUCAUCUUCUUUUGCCUUUGUUAAUGCUAUAGAAGCAUUUCUUGCUCCUGAUAACUUCAUUCAGGAUUCUCCUUUUUACAUAACUCCUGCUGGAAGCAAAGGAGUUUACAAUGGUUUGUUGUCCAAUGCUUUACAAGUAGUUCAUAGGAUUAACGUUGGUGGACUGACUGUAACACCGGACACUGAUACUUUGGGGAGAAAUUGGAUACCUGAUGAUGAUUAUUUGGUCCACCGGGCUGCAGCCAAGAACACUUCAUUUCGUAGUGCACCGCCUAAUUACCAGCCCGAAUUUGCAACAAAGUUUGAUGCUCCUGACCCUGUUUAUAACACUGCCAAAGAGCUGAACAUCACUCCUAGUCGGGAAGGUGUCACUCUCCCGAAAGAAAAUUUUAAUGCUUCUUGGGGAUUCAAUGUAAAUGGAAAUGCCAAAUUUCUAGUCCGGGUGCAUUUUUGUGACGUAAUUAGUCCAGCUGGUAGCGAGCCAUUGAAAUUCAAUCUCUAUAUUUAUAGUAACUUCAGCCAAAAAAUUGAUCCACAAGAAUCCACUACCGCAGCCAUGACGGCAGUUCCAUAUUACAAUGAUUUUGUGGUGGAUUCAGAUGAUUCUGGUUUUAUGAAUGUAAGUAUUGGCCCACGGCAAGAUUCUAGUAAACAAACGGCCUUUCUUAACGGGGUAGAGAUUAUGCAGUUGGUUAACGUUCCAGGUCCAAUUUCAAAUGGAAGUGGAUCAGGAAACAAGCAUUUGCCCGUUAUUAUUGGUUCAGUUGCUGGAGGUGUGGUUCUCAUCAUCAUUACAGUGGUAUUGUUCUGGUUUAGUUUGAAGUUGAGGAAAGGAAAACCUGUCGAUGCUCUUGACUGGCAAUUAAUGGAUCUGAAUGCAGGAACUUCAUAUAGCAAGAGCACGGACAGAAAUACCAAUGGUUCCCCUCUUCCGGAUUUAAAUCUUGGCCUGAAGAUGCCUUUUGGUGAAAUUCUGUACGCAACAAAGAACUUUGAUGAGAAACUGAUUGUCGGUGAAGGGGGUUUUGGCAAAGUCUACAGAGGUACUCUGAGGGAUGGAACAAAAGUUGCUGUUAAAAGAAGUGAACCAGGACGAACGCAGGGCCUUCCAGAAUUCCAAACUGAGAUAAUGGUCUUGUCCAAAAUUCGCCACCGCCAUCUGGUUUCUUUGAUUGGAUACUGCUAUGAAAGAUCAGAGAUGGUACUAGUUUUUGAGUUCAUGGAGAAGGGGACUCUGAGAGACCAUCUCUACACUCCUAAGGAAGAAUCUGGGAAAUCAACUUCACUAUCUGGAUUAUCUUGGAAUAGAAGGCUUCAAUUGUGCAUUGAUGCAGCAAAAGGUCUACACUACCUUCAUACUGGUCUAGGCGGUUCAAUUAUUCACAGGGAUGUGAAGUCAACAAAUAUUCUGCUAGAUGAGCAUUAUGUGGCUAAAGUUGCCGAUUUUGGUAUUUCAAGAUUAGGUCCUCUUGAUCAAACCCAUGUCAGUACAGAGGUGAAAGGCAGCUUUGGUUAUCUUGACCCUGAGUACUUUAGAUGCCUUCAAUUAACUCAAAAAUCUGAUGUGUACUCUUUUGGAGUUGUACUUCUUGAAGUGCUUUGUGCAAGGCCAGCCAUUGACAACUCGCUUCCCUGGCAGCAAGUAAACCUGGCUGACUGGGGAAUGUCUUGUCUAAUGGAAGGAGAACUUCACAAAAUCAUUGACCCUUUUCUUGUUGGUAAGAUCGACUCGAAUUCAUUGAGCAGAUAUGAGGAAACUGUUGAGAAGUGUUUAAAAGAAUGUGGAGUUGAUAGGCCUAAUAUGGUUGAUGUGUUGUGGGAUCUUGAGUAUGCAUUGCAGCUUCAGCACACUGCAGUUCCAGAACAAUCGCAUGAGGGCAGCAACACGGAUGUUUCCUACAACUUGCCAUUGCCAGUAAUUCGCCGCUUGCCUUCUCACAGCAUUGCCAUGAGUGAAGAUGAAAUUGGCUCAGAUGCUAAUAUUGAGAGAAGUAGCACAAAUCCUAGUGAGGUGUUCUCUCAGCUAAGGAUGGAGGAUGCUAGAUGAUGUACAAGUGAUUACAUUCUAGCUUUCAGAACUGAAGUUCCAUUGCAGCCUCUCAAGAGAAGUAGUCAAUAAAACAAUAAAUAGCUUGUAAAAUUACUCAGCAUUGCUCUUCUUACCUUGUUGUAACCAUGUAGAUCCAUUGCCUGUUUGAGAAAUGUUUUGAAUCUUUCCCGUAGUGCAUUAGCAAGUUGUUCAAUUUUGAGGAGUGCAAGCUGAGCUGAGCUACUAUCAAAAGCUUAUUAAGUUUAGCAAUAUUUAGGAAGGGAAUGAGAUUCCUCACA